GUCAGUGCCGAUGCCUCGAUCAUAACUGAUUUAUAGAUGCGUCUGGUCAUGUGGGAUCACACAAGUCCUUAUUGUACGGAGUACCCUGCCAGACGAUACCAUGAGUAACACUUCCACAAUAGGAUAAAUUACAAGCGAUCGCUAAUCCAAUCUGCGAUCUGACCUCAGAAUGGCCGUCCAUUACCACCAGUUUUCGUACAUGAAGUGACGAUAUAGACAGCAGUAGGAUAUUGCUUCCAUUCUCAUAAUCCUGGAAGAUGUCAGGGAAGAGAAAGGCAACCGCCGACAGUGGCGGAAACGUUAAAAAGUUGAAGUCGUCUGGAACAUCUUUCCAACAGCGAACUAUUAGCAGCUUUUUCACGCCAAAGACGGAUACGUCGGCGCCGAGGGCUGCCAAAGCAAUGCCAUCCCGAGAUGCUCGGGACCUUCUGAAAGGGAAAUUUACUGAGAAUGACGAGAACCGUCAGAAUGACUCCCCUGGUCCAUGCUCGCCCAACGAAGCACCGCGGGCAAUAGAGCAAGAUGCGGCCGUCGAAAGUGGUAAUGAAGGUGGCCGAAUGGAGGUAGACUCGCCAUCUCCAAAAUUGAGCAAGUUCAAAAGGCUGCGGCGCCUGACAUCCGACAGUGAAGAGGAAUUACCAGGCAGGACCCGGCCUGCAGCCAAAGGCGGGACCAUCCCGCGAAGGUCGACCGAAGCGUUCCGUUAUCGUAAGAAAAACCAUGCAUGUGGCGAAAAUACAGAGGGGGAAAAUUCUCAGUAUGUGGAAGUCAGCGGAGCUUCUGCCGCGGAGCGUAACCGCGUCCGAGAGCGAUUCCUGGCCAAGUUUACGAUAGACGAACGGUCGGAGGAUCCGAACCCUGAAGCUGAUGAAGGAGAUAUGGAUAGCGCAGAAGAUGGAGAAGUGGAACAUGGUACUGGAAAGGGGCUGCCACGGAAGGUGGGAAAUCAAUCGCGGGACACAACGCCAGUGCAAGCACGGAAAGGUUCGGGGAAAACCAAAUCAACGUACACGCCCCUGGAGCAACAAUUCUUGGAAAUCAAGGCAAAUCAUCCAGACUGUUUGCUUGUAGUAGAGGUUGGUUAUAAAUUUCGCUUCUUCGGAGAGGAUGCCAAGAUAGCGGCGAAAGAACUUAACAUCGUGGCAUACAGGGAUCACAGCAUGUAUACUGCAAGUUUUCCGACUCAUCGGCUUCACGUGCAUGUUAAAAAGUUGGUACAGUUGGGCUACAAAGUUGGCAUCGUGCGCCAGAUGGAAACGGCUGCCCUGAAAGCUGUCGGAGAUAACAAGAACGCCCCAUUCGUAAGGAAGCUUACGAAUGUGUAUUCCAAGGGCACCUUUGUGGAUGACAUAGGGGGUGAAGAUAUAGCUUUUGAAGUCCGAUCAAGCUAUCUGCUGUGUAUCAACGAAGAGGAAGGCAAGGGUGCUAUGGACACGGCCAAAAUUAGCAUUGUGGCUGUCCAGCUGCAUACAGGGGACGUAAUAUUUGACGAGUUUGACGACAAUUAUAUGCGAAACGAAUUGGAGACUCGUAUGAUGCAUAUUCAACCUACCGAAAUCAUUCUACCCGGAAACCCACUAAGUGAUAUGACGGAGACGCUCAUAAGACAGCUUUGCGAAUCAUUUGGCUCCACUGGCGACACUGUUAGAAUUGAACGGCUUAAGGGCGCGUUUCUAGAUCAUGCCACAGCGCGCAAGGUGCUGGCAGAGUUCUAUGAACAGCCAAUACUCGACAACAAGCCGACUGGAAACGACAAUGGAACGGCUUUGGCUGCGGAACUCUACAGCCAAGCGUUGUCUCUUCCACGUCGAGUGAUUAUCUGCCUUGCUGCGCUGCUCAAAUAUUUGGUGCAAUUUGGGCUCGAAGAUAUCCUUCGCCUUACCAAGUUCUUCACAGCGUUUGCGUCCGUGGCCCAUAUGGUGCUCAAUGCCAAUACUUUGAAUAGCCUGGAGAUAUUCCGUAAUCAAACUGAUUUUGAGGAGAAGGGGUCUUUGCUUUGGAUCUUGGAUCACACAAAGACGAAGUUUGGCCAGAGACUACUGAAGAAGUGGAUUGGACGACCAUUAGUGCAACUCCCCGACUUGCAAAAACGCAUUGACGCCGUGGAAGAGAUCAUUCAGGGCGAUGCGCAAGGGAAUGUCUUCAUCCAACGAAUGAGAGGGUUGAUUUGUCAAUUGCCAGACCUUGAAAAAAGCGUGUGCAGAAUACACUACGGAAGAUGCUCUCCGUCGGAGCUGAACAAUACAUUGUUGGCGUUCGAAAAAAUUGGCUCAAGUUUUAUCUCUGAUGCUUGGGAGAAAUUUCGGUCGCCUAUUCUGAAAGACAUUUACAAGUCGCUUCCAGCAAUUAAGAGUGAUGUGAUGUACUUUCGGGGCAUGAUAAAUGAAAGUGCUGCCAAAUCCGACGACAAAAUUGAGUUCUUCAGUGACACCUCUAAAUGGCCCGAAAUAGGCGAGUUCAAGGAGAACCUAGAGACUGUUGAAGAGGAGUUGCUGGCCCAUUUGAAGGAGGUUAGGGGAGAGAUCAAGAAACCGAACUUGACGUACGUGACAGUGGCGGGGAUUGAGUACUUGAUUGAAGUGCCGGUAAAUCAAGCAUCAAAAGUACCCAGUAAUUGGAUAAAGAUCAGCAAUACUAAAGCGGUCGCGCGAUUUCACACGCCGUUCGUCAUUGAAAAGAUAAAGGAGCGAGAUCGUUAUCGCGAACAGCUCGUGGCCGCUUGCGAUACCGCCUAUGCUGCUUUUGUAAGAGAGGUUGGGUCCCGAUAUGAACUCUUCCGGGGAGUUGUACAGAGUAUUGCCACAAUGGAUUGUUUGCUAUCGUUAGCGACGGUCGCUGCUCAGCCUGGUUACUGUAAACCCGAGUUUGUUCCUGACGCUACCGUCCUGGUAAAAGAGGGUCGCCAUCCGAUGGUGGAGAAUGUCGUCUCCAGCUACGUGACCAAUGACGUGGAUUUGACUCAAGAUCGGCGGUGUUUAUUGAUCACCGGUCCUAACAUGGGAGGAAAAUCAUCCUAUAUUCGGCAGGUAGCCCUCAUUGUUAUCAUGGGGCAAAUUGGGUCGUACGUUCCUGCCAAGUCUGCGCAGUUGGGUAUUUUUGAUUCCGUCCAUACAAGAAUGGGUGCCUCAGACGAUCUUGCAGGUGGCCAAUCCACCUUCAUGAAAGAGCUGCAGGAAACAUCUGACAUCAUGCGGACUGCGACAAAUCGGUCGCUCGUCAUCCUGGACGAACUAGGACGAGGAACCUCCACACACGAUGGGACUGCCAUUGCCUUUGCAACGUUGAAGUACUUCAUUGAGGAUUUGAAGAGUAUUACCUUGUUUGUCACGCAUUAUCCAGUGCUUGGGCAAUUGGAGAAAGAGUUUCCAGGCGCCUUGCGGAACUGUCAUAUGGCAUUCCACGAGACCGAGGAAGAGGAUGAGAGUUCACAUUCAAUCAUUUUCUUGUAUAAACUCACAAGAGGACUCGCACAUAGGUCUUAUGGACUGAAUGUCGCUCGCUUGGCUAAUUUGCCUAACGAGCUUCUCGCCACUGCGCGUGAGAAGGCCGCUGAGCUGGAGGCAGAGGUGGAGCAGCGAAAGACUGCCAACAGCGUUCGGACUCGAGCAGACCUAUUGCUUCGCUUUUGGCGGGAGACGUUCGCGGCGCACGAUUUCGCACUGAUAAAAUCUCUUGUGGACACACGGUCCGUAGAUAACUCUAUAUAGUGACGGGGGGACGCCUUCACUGUAUCUACCUAGAGUAUAGCACAGGUGGACUUAGCUUGGAGGAUCUAACUAUGAAGUGGCCAAUUUACAUGCAAAGGGCUAUUGGGGGAUGGUCCCCGUGUGACCGAUGGUUAUUAACUAGAUGGAUAUAUAAACGGGAAGGGAAGCA